AUGGGUUUGAGAAAGACGAGAGAUCAAGCCCCGAGGUUGGUGUUUGCUGGCAUAGUCGCCGCUUUCCUUGUCGGUGCUUCCUAUAGAUGGUUCAAUCGAGGAUCCUCGUCGUUAACCCAAGAUGGGAACUCAGGGAAAAACCAAUCAAUAUGUCUGAUCUUAUCUGAAGGUCUGUGGAGCAAGGGAGUAGAUUGGAACAGGCUUUCGGAGAGGGAUGCUGUGGUCAUUUUGACACCCGACUUUAAAGAAGCGCCCGCGCAGGAUCUGUUCCCGAAGCAUAGAGUUAUACGCUGUAGCACUCAUGAAGGAGUGUGGUACGUAGUGAGACAUUUACGAAAAGAUGUGGUUAUCGUGGAAAAGCAACAGAUCGAGCAAAUUCCCAGUGAUAUCUAUAAAUUCUCAAGGCCAAUCGAAAACCUUCCAUGGGACCAGAGCGCGAGCUCUUGA